AUGGCUUUUGAAGCGCCAUCAUAUGAAGCGAUGGAUGUUGCAUUAACUAAUGCAGUGAAAAUAAAAAAAAAGCGAACAACCACAGCAGCCCCAGUCUAUGAAUUUGAUUUCGAUUAUAAUGACGGAAUUGCAGCUGCUAACACAUUUGAAGGUUAUGGCUUAACAUUAGAACAAGCACAAGCACAAGGAGGUGGAAAUGGUGGGGGAAAUGGAGGCAAUGGCGGAGCAGAUGGAUCCAAAGGCGGUUCUGGUGGCGGUGGAGGAGGCUCAGGUGGCUCAGGUAACGGCGGUGGUAAUGGUAAACCAGGAUUCAGUGCUGGAAGUGGCUUACGGCAGAUAGCACAAGGAUCUGCCGAUCAAGCAAACACAGCUGUACGGAAUCAAGAUGCAGCCGCGCAUCAAGCUGCUUAUGUUGCAAAGAAUACUCUAGCACAAGCUGCUGCUCAAGCUGCAGCCACUGCUCAAGCUGCCUUAGCUGGUAAACAAGUUAUUCUUCAAGGUUUAGAACAACAAGCGCGUGAUGCCAAAGUAGCACUUGAUGGUGAAAACAUGCAACUGAUGCAAGCGCAACGUGCAGCGGCUGCCGCUCAAUUAUCCGCUCAACAAGCAAUGCAUCAAGUGAACGUUAUACAAGCUGCUUUGAAUGCAGCACAAGCGACAAGUGAACACGCAUCUCAAGCUGCCUCCGAAGCAGCGGGUGAAUUAGGUGCACAAACAGCUAUGGUUGGUGCGGCCAAACAACGAUUAAGUUCAAUCACCGAACAAUUGACGGGAGCACGUAUCGAUUUUGAAGCCACACAAAAAGCUGCACAGAAAGCAAUGGCUGCCGCUCAAGCUGCCCAAGCAAACGCUGCUGCGGCGGCAAUUGUUGCGUCAAACUCAGCAGCAGCGGCUGAUGCGGCUGGUGCUAAAGCUGCAGGAGGUAAUGGUGAAAGUGGUGGAAACGACGGUAGUGGAAAGCAAGGACAAUAUCAGGAUUAUUAUUAUUGA